CCUGUGGUUAUCAGUCAUCACCUGACAGUGCUUCGGUUUUUGUAUCGCCUUUCGUGCAGAAGAGUUCAGCUCAGCCAAUCAACAAUGUCCGCCCUGAAAGUUUUCAUCUUCGUCGCCCUCUUCGCCGUGGCCUACUGCGCCCCCAGUCCCGGCUUCUUUGGCAAACACGAGCACCACACCAUUCACGUGCCGUACAAGGUGCACACGGUGCAUCACCACCACGUCCAGAAGGUCCACGUUCCGGUGGUGAAGCAUGUGCCAGUGCCCAUCUACAAGGAGGUUCCCGUCCAUCACGUCCACCACGAGGAGAUCCCGGUGCCGGUGCACCACGUCCAUCACGAGGAGGUGCCCAUCCACCAUGUGUUCGAUGACCACCACGAUCACCACGGCUGGAGCUCCCACCACGGACACGGCUGGCUGUAAGCCGACCGUUUGCUUGAUUGUCCGUCAACCCACCCACUCAGUCAGCCAGUUCAAUUAAAAAACCUGCCUGUAAAUAUUGUACAAUGCCUAAGUUAAUGAAUGUAAAUAAAAUCACAAUUCGACUGUACACAGAAAAA